CCUUACCCUCUCCGGUCCGUCGGAGAGGACACGCCGGACGACCUAUCAGCCACGCUCGCGCGAGACGAGACCAGUCCACACCACAUCACUUGUAGCACGCUUCGCGGACGGAAAAAUGACGAAUAAUGCGUUCAGCCAUCGCGGAUUUGGAGAUUGCCUUGGGCGACGACACAGCUCCAGUUGGACAGACGGAUGUUGUGAUGCGUUGCGAUGCUACGCCGCGGAUGGUGCGUUGUCGUGUGGCGUGAGUGCGUGAGUGCCGAAACACAAGGCUCUUGAAGCUCUUGCAGAAACUGCCUGUCCCGCAGAUAGUUCAAACGGCUCAAAAUAUCCAACAGUUGCUUGAUAUCAUUUUCAUUCCAUUGAAGCAGAAUGGCUUCAAGAGUCCUUUGCAUUUGCUUGACAGGUGUCGCCGUCGUUCUGGCCAUCCGCGAGGGCGAUCCAAAGCCGCAAGCGCGAACCUCAACAUAUUCCAAAACGAAAGAGGUGGCGCCUGCUGAACCCAUUCCUGGUUCCCAUACGUGGUGGAAAAUCAACAAGAUAUCCGCGAACAGUUUUGCGUGUGGUGGCAACAGAUAUUGCUGUGUGCGUGGCUGCAAGUACCUCGUGGAAACGGAUUCAUGUGGCGACUGCGCUGGCCACACAGUGAAACAGAAGUCACCACAGGAAGAGAUUGAGAUCUACCAGAACACCUUGAGAAAUUUUCGGAUCCCCGGCGGUGUGGACUACUAUGGCCCCGUGCGGGGGUGCACCAAGAAGAACUCCGUGAAAUGCACCGAGAAGGCUGGAGGUAAUCCCGUAUGCUGCUGCAAUUCAGGUUUCAUAUUUGAUUUCCCCAGUCGUGAAUGCGUUGUAGAUGCAGAGAACCUGACAAACAAGGAGGAGCCAAUCCCCGGCAGCGACAAGUGGGGUGCCUAUAAGGGUACGAAGAGCUACUUCGGCCCAGCUCGAAGGUGUGCCAAGGACAAGAAGAAGUGGUGCUGCCACCGCGCGUGCCAGUAUGACUUGGAACAUGAUAACUGUGGCCUUUGCAAGGGUUAUGACGAGCCAGCCCCACCAACUCCGGGUGAAGUCAUCCAGAAGUUCGUUUUGGAUCAUGGAAACUACCUGAUUCCUUCUGGCAUCAAAUCGCCUGGCGGCGCGACUGGCAUUUGCUACACCAAGCAUGCGAAGAGUUGCACAGCCCAUAACUCCACUGUCAAGCACUGCUGCUGUCAUCAAGGCUUUUACUGGUCUUUCAUAUCUCGCCAAUGUGUGUCACCUGCAACAUUGGCCAAAGAAGAGGCCCAAGAGGCGGAGGAGCCACCAGAAGAGCGGACAAUCGACCCGGUGAAUGCUGGGACUGGGACUGCGAGGGGCGGCUCUUCCGCCGUGGUAUCCCGCUAUGACUUCUCGCAGCCAGGUGCAGACCAGGAUGACGGACAUGCCCAAUCAAGAAGUUGCUCUUUGGUGUUGCUGAUCAUGGCAGCUCUUACGGGAUGGCCUUGAAGACAAGCGAGCCUGGUGUGAAAAGAGGGCAACGCGGCAACACAUGCUCUCGGGCAACACAUCGUCCAAGGUGAACUUAUGCCUUUGACUGCUUGUUCCUGAAGUGGUUGAGAAAUGGAUGCGCACCCAUUCUGAGAGUUGUGUUCACGAACAUUCGUGCAACAAUUGGGGCCGCAUUGCCUGCAUUCCGCCCGAGACUGCUGCAGACAUGCUCUGGCCAUUUGCACUGCAUGCCCG